GGGAGCACGGGCUGUUCCCCCGCCGCCGCCGCCGAGGACCAUCUGAAAGCGCAGGGGCAAGCACGGCGUUCGAUCCGACCCACAGAAACUCGCCGCCCACGCUAUCGGCAAACAUACAGGUGAUCCUUUGAUGACAGGCGGCAAGGGGGCACAUGGGGGUAGCCGGUUCAUUCGUCACAUGCGGAUGAAGCAUGCCUUGGGGCUCCCAUAUAGCUAUAAGAUGUGGCCCGCAAAGCGGAUGCGCGGCCGGGAUCGUCGUCGUGGUACUUGGUGGGACCGCAAGCGGAACUGCAUAGCCAUCGAAGGAGUGGACUUUGCUCAAGAUACACAGGAAGGGGGUGCAGAUGAAUUUGAGUUGAUACCUGAUUCGGAUGAAGAAGGAGUUGCUAAGGGUUCAUCUUUGCUUGGUGAUGACGAUGAGUACGUACCUGAGACGGAGCCGCAAGAUGUUAUGGUGAGCACAAUUACUGUGCCGUGCGCCAACCAAGGUCGUCAGCGUUUGGGUACUUUGCUUCACGAGUGGAAACGACUUAUUUCGGAUGUCGAGAAUGAGAGUGGCAAGGUGGACAUGGAGAGCGCCAAGGUGCAGAUGGACAGUGUAAAGGUGGAGAUGGAGAGCGACAAGUUGGAGAUGUGUGCCAAGGUGCAAAUGGACAAUGUGAAGUUGGAGAAGGACACUGCCAAGGUGGAGAUGGACAAUCUGAAGUUGGAGAAGGAGAGUGUCAAGGUGGAGAUGGACAGUGUCAAGGCGGAGAUGGAUACUGGCAAGGAGCUGGACCAUAGGGCUAGCUUCUCUGAUAUUGAAACCGAUGAUGAGGCAUGUUGGGUUCAGGAUGGUGUGGACUUGCGAGGCCAUUCGCAGGUGGAAGAUGACGACUUUAAUGAACAGGGGUUGCUGAUAGUCUUCGUCAUCCGAGUCAGACAACUCCUCUUCGUCAAAUAUGAUGUGAACAACAUCUGUAUACACGCCAAAGUCAUGUAUGACAUCAUCCAAGGUUUUCUUGAUCUUCUAGUGGAUCAUUUAAAUCAAAUGGAUGCCCAGCGCUAUCACCUGGUACAGAAGCAAGGUUUUGUUGUUCUUCGUGUGGAUCAUUUGAAUGAAAUGGAUGCGCAGCAUUGUGACCUGGUAUAGAAGCAAGCUGAUGUUAAUGAGAAUGCAUUGUCAUCACACACAUAGGAUACAAAGGAGCAUGUAUACUACUUUAGGACACAGACGAGAACAUCUGCUACACAAGAGUUUUAGGAUGGAGACCAAAGUGAUCAGCUCCUCCAACUUCAACUACAGCCACUACAUCUUCCAAGGGAUUGUGAUCCUCUUCAUGUUCAGCAGGACUCUUGUUGAGAUCAGGCACCUUCUCUCCUUCCUCCUCUGGUAGUGUGUUUAGGUCUAUUGCCAUGGGAGAUGGAUGAGAGGUGAAUGAAUCAAAUGAAGGCAACGAGACGGUUGGUAGGCUUUCAAUGCCACAUGUUUAGAGAAAUGGCGCUGGGGCAAUAGUUUGAAAUUUCAGUUUGCUUUUGCUGUGUAAAAAUGGAGCACAAGAUUUGUUUUGGCGCCAGGUGGAGUUUGCCGCCGAGUGAAAUGCACUUUUUGGUGUCAUCUUUGAUUUGUUUAAGGCCAAAAUCCUGUACUGCAUGUUUAGCUGUGAAAGUGGAUGUGAACUCUGAUUUGUUUAAUGUAACAAAAAGAUUCAGUGGGUGGUGCUUCUCGUGCAUUAAUGGCAUGUCUGUU